AUGGGAAACUUUGAGGCUGGCUCCUUCGCCCUGGAUCCUCGACUUUUAACCAAGUUGGGGGAAGAGGAAGAUAAAUUUGUUACCAUUUUGAGGGACAUGGUGGCAUCUUGUUCCGGAAAUAGUUGUGCGGAUGACGGUUCCUGUUAUGAUUUAGUUUUAAGAUAUCUGGACCUGUGCCCGGUCGGGGAUAUCGUGGAAGGAAAUAAGGAUAAUCCAUUUUACGCUUUCAAACUCUUAUUUCGAAUGGGAAAUGUCUUGACGGAGGUUAAUACCAAGUGUACCGAAGGGAAAGGAACAUUUGCUGUCGAAUUAGCCGCGCUCAUUAACAAACUUGAGGUCGCUCUUGGAACAGCGAUGCCUUCUCUGCGAGAUGUGGAAAUUGCGGCGGAAGGGAUGCUAAAACUUCAGGAAACUUACCAAACGAGUACAGCGGAGUUUUGCAACGGAAAAAUUGCCCACCACGACUUCAAUGAGACGUUGUCCUUCUUGGAAAUCCUAGCUCUGGGAAAUUUUGCCAGAAAUCUGGACAUGGUUGAUGUUGACAUUACGUAUUUAAUCCAGGCGAAGGAGGUCGCAUCGAGUAAGAAAAGGAAGUCCAUGAUGGCCUACCUGCUCAAACAAGCGAUAACCGAGCACAACACAUACUGGUCGGAACGCAAGGAGGCCACGGAUCUCGAACGGUACGGCUUAUUCACCACACCAAUCAUCCCAGAAGAACCGUUACCCGUGCAGACAGGAACUAUGCUUCGGCAGCUCAAGAAAACCGGAGAAAUCCCGCCUACAGGAGAAUUAUCAAUGCUUAAUCUGUGCGCGGGAAAUAAUUAUCAGAAUGAAGCGGAAAAAGCCACGUUGAAAUGCUGGUAUGAAACAGAGUCAAAUCAUUAUUUCCGCAUUGCCCCGCUGAAGGUAGAAUUAAUGUCGAGUAAUGCCCGGGUAAAUUUACGCCUCAUCCACAACGUUAUCGGGAGCAAUGAUAUUGAAAAGUUGUUAACUUUUACAAAUGACGAUAUGAAACAAGCCGCAAUUGUAGUCGACACUGUGAGUGACAAACCCGUCGUCGGAAUGCACAGGAGGUCACUUCAGAGACGGGUAAACAUGGGACAGACCGAAUUUCUGGCGCCCGUCUUCAAAAAUAUCGAAAUGUUGAGCGGUAUAGGUUUCUUAGCUCGGGGGAUGUCAGAAGACUUGCAGAUUUCCGAGUAUAGCUAUGUCGGAUCAAGCAUCAAUAUUCACGUGGAUCCUAAAACUACAAAUUUCACCAACGACGUGCAAAAAUGGGAAAGGGCGGUCACCUGCAUGAUAUACGUAAGUGAGACGUGUUUAAAGGGGUAA